AACUUAAACAAUGAGAUAAAAGACCUGUGCUCAGAACACUAUAGGACGAUGAAAAAAAGAGAUAGAAAAGGACAUAAACAGCAGAAGCGAGGCCGCGAUGGCAGAUGAGAUCACCAAGGCUCAGGCCGCUCCGCCUGGUGGCGACAAAAUCUUCAGGAAGAUUAUUCGCAAGGAAAUCCCAGCCAAAAUCAUUUCUGAGGAUGAGUAGUGUCUUGCUUUCCAUGACAUUUCCUCUCAAACACCAACACAUUUUCUGGUGAUACCUACGAAGCAUAUAUCCCAGAUUUCUGCAGCAGAAGACGAUGAUGAAAGUCUUCUUGGACAUUUAAUGAUUGUUGGCAAGAAAUGUGCUGCUGAUCUGGGCCUGAAGAAGAGUUAUCAAAUGGUGGUGAAUGAAGGCUCAGAUGGGGGACUGUCUGUGUAUCAUGUUCAUCUUCAUGUUCUUAGAGGUCAGCAAAUGAAUUGGCCUCCUGGUUAAGCAUGAUUUAGGGAUAAUUUUCCCUACUCUAGGCAAUGAUCAGUUUUGCAAGUUCUAAUGUGCUAAACAGUACACUUAUUUUUGCCUGUGUAUGGAGAAACUGAGGAAAUAAUUUCUAAGACCCAUACAUAAUAAAAGCCAUUGCUGCAAAAAAAAAAGAAUAUAA